AUGGCACCCCAGCUUCCUUUGUACCUUAUCCGCUUCUCACAAACCCACACAUCCUUCCGACCAGCUGAGCUGGAAGCACUCGAACGCCUACUGAAUGAGUCACUGCGGAAAGCACCUGGCAACGCAGCCUCAGGAUUCACUGAAGGACUUGCGGCACAUUUAAGGGGUCGAGGUAUUGCAGCGAAUAAGGUCAGGAUCGAAGUUGAAGUUGUUCGCUACGAAGAUGGGAGUCCGUUCUGUCUUGUCCGUUUUCGAUUAUAUGUUCGAUCAAGUCAAAAGGUAGGGCGGCCGGCGACUAUCAGCAAUGGUGUGGAGCAGAGCCAGACUACAGCGGAAGAGGGACUGCAUGUGGCGGGAGUGCAAGCGGAAGAUUCGGGGACAGAGCUCGAGGUUGACGAGGUUCUGCUGUCAUAUGUUGCACAAGAAUUUGUACGAAGAGCUGUCCAGGCGAAAGGCAUCUAUGAGAUCUGGGGCUUGGCUGGAGCAGGCCUUCAAGGGCACUUGGUCACUUGUCGAGGGACUGGCGCUAUGCCGAACACUGUUGGGGUGCCGCCAGAUGAUAGUGGUCCCGUUCUACCAUCUCCCAAGACACCGUUGCAUCCCCUGUACAGCGAUCUCCAUACCUCCACUCGCAAGAUGUCACAGCACCGAUGGACACCUUACCAGAACUCAGCAACACUAAAGUUCAAAUUCACCAUCGAUUCGUUCAAUCACUCGCGCUCUUCACCUGAUCAGCGAGACAUAAUCAACUCUUUCGCAUAUCUUGACUUUGGGGGACAGGUCCGGAUGAAAGAUGCCAACCAGGAAUGGGUUGUCUUCGAAGAAUGGGAGGGCCCACCCAGUCUUCCAAUAAGUGACGGGCUCGGCGAGGUUGCAGCAUUUGACAAUACUCGCCGCGAGCUGCGGAGGCUCUACUUCGGCCGUACGAUCUCGACCAAGACGCUAAGGCCGCUCAUUGAGCGACACGACCUAAAGAAGCGCCCGUAUAUCAGCACAACCUCGAUGGAUGCGGAGCUAGCGUUGAUGACAGCAAAUGUCGCGCUGGCGGGCCCGGGAAAGAUCUUCUUGGACCCGUUCUGCGGGACUGGUGGGUUUCUUGUUGCAGCAGCUGAGCUCGGUGCAUGGGUGCUGGGUAGCGACAUUGACGGAAGAAGUUUCCGGGGAAAGAGUGAUCAUGGCCUUGAUGCCGGUGUGGGCAAGAACGUCAAGAAGUACGGCCUCCAGGAUGGGUUCGGUGGUUGCUUGACCAGUGACUUGGUCAACACGCCCUUUCAGACGAGCGGUCGUAGGUGGCUUGACGGAAUCAUCAGUGAUCCGCCUUACGGUGUUCGAGAAGGCUUGAAAGUGCUGGGGACCCGGAAUGGCCCAGUCGGACUUGACCAUGAGGAUAGUCCAAGAACUCCUCAUCUGAUCGACGGCGUACCUGCACAUACUCUGCCGGGAUAUGUUGCGCCCAAGAAGCCGUACAGCUUUGAACGGAUGCUGGGUGAUGUACUUGAUUUUGCAGCCAGAACGCUGGUCGAUGGAGGACGACUUGCUUUCUGGAUGCCAAGCGCGAACGAAGACGAGCUCGGUCGAAAAGUUGAAGUCGCAGUUCCCAAGCACCAUGCCUUAAUUUUGAGACACGUCUGUGUGCAGCGCUUCAAUCGGUGGAGCCGAAGUCUGCUCGUAUACGAGCGAAGGCCUGGUGACCUUGAGACCCUGCUCAUCGAUGGGCUGAAAGCCGGUGUGGCGAAGCGAGAGGCAGGCUCGAACAAGGCGGACGAUCUGAAUCCGUUCCGGCGGCGCUACUUCCAAGCUUUCACCGUCCAUAGCAAUGAAGAUACUGGUGGGUGA